AUGGACUGUAUCAUCGUAGGCUACGCAGUGAAGCCAUUCAUAGCAGCGCUUGCCUGUUUGACUCGUAUUGGGAAGGAGAUCACAAUUGAUUUCGACCCCAUGGAUGGUUUAUCCUUGCGAUCAUUGAAUGAUUCAAAAUCGAUCUUCUCCUCCUUUCAUUUUGAACCUUCGUAUUUCCAAAAGUGCUCUACUCCGCCUUUUGCAAGUAGAAAACGGCGUAAAUCGCAGAAUGACAAUGAAGAUCAUUGGACUGUACGAAUUUCGAUCAAGGCACUGGCACCCUUAGUCCGACCUAGGAAGGAUGUCCUAAGUUUGCAACUUGUCACUGUGGGUGACUUGCUAUCCUUUGAAUUCCAAAUGCAGCGAGCGUCGGGGGUGAUUGUGGACAUUAUCCAUCGAGUAGGAUAUGCUCCAGCACAAAGUGUAGCAGCAGUAGCGGCCACAGAUGGGGCAUCGGAAAUUGUGGCACCACCACAACUAUUGCUGACAAUGCUGGAGCCGUUGAAACGUGCGAAUGAAAUUGCGCUCUUGGUAAAUGAUACCCACAAUCUCGUUUCGGGCGUUACUUUUUCGCACGAUGAUAUUGCGAAGGAAGCAUCUUCGAAUUUGGCAAAGCGUCAGCUACUCAAGACCGAAACUAGUAUUCGCUACGAUGAAUUCAUAGAGGUGGAGUACAUGUCGCACCCUGACGACUCGGUAAAGAAUGACCCCGUUCCUCCGCCAAACGACCUCAAGGAACAGGUAGUUCUGGUAUUUACGCUCAAGGAAUUCAAGUCAGUGUUGCAAUUCUGCUCACAGGGUUCAGAUGCCUCCUUGCCAGUGUCGAUUUCUUUUUAUUGGGGAGGGAAGCCCAUUGUCGUGAAGACAACUGGAGAGCACUUUUCAGCACAGCUCAUUAUGGCCACCUUAGAUCAUAAAAUGAUGGCAGUGAUGAAGACAUCAUCGAUCAAUGGACCACUUUCAGCAUCCAAAAACCAAUAG